AUGGGUAAUACAUGUACAUCAGCAAAAGACGAGCCAACAAUUAACAAACCUCCUCAACAAACUAAUGUAACACUGUCAAAACUGGCAUCUGAAGAAAAUCCAAAGGUAUCCAAACCUUCAUCUGAAGAAGAUCAAAGGGUAUUAAAACCUACAUCUGAAGAAAUUCCAGCAGUACCAAGAAGUACAACUGAAGAAACUCCAACACCACCAAGAACUACAACCGAAGAAACUCCAACACCACCAAGAACUACAACUGAAGAAACUCCAACACCACCAAGAACUACAACUGAAGAAACUCCAACACCAACAAAUGUUGAUCUGCAACAAUCGGAAAACUCUCCAAGGAUUAGUGAAGAAGACAAAGAAAAGGAAAAUGCUGAUGUUGACACUUAA